UGACACAUAAUAAUUAGCUGUCAGCUGUCAAUACGGAAAACAUAUUUUGAAUUUGAUUAAACUUGGAACACGUUUAUUACGCUUUUAAGUUAUUUUACAAAAUACAAAAAUGGUAAACGUUGGUGAAUCUGCUAUCAAAAAUAUUGGAAAAGUAUUAAACGACCCGUCAAGACCGAUGAAGGAGCGGUUUAGAGCACUCUUCAGUUUGCGAAACUUAGGCGGCGAAACUUCGAUAGAAUGUAUCAGCGACUGUUUCAAAGAUGAGUCAGUUUUGUUAAAACACGAGUUAGCGUAUUGUUUAGGCCAAAUGCAAGAUAAAAGAGCCAUUCCAGUGUUAAGAAAAGUAUUAGAAGAUAUAGAACAAGACCCCAUAGUACGCCAUGAAGCUGGAGAGGCGCUUGGGGCUAUAGGAGACCCAAAUCUCCGAGAGAUUCUAGAAAAAUAUCAACAUGAUCAAGCUAUUGAAGUUGCCGAGACUUGUCAAAUUGCUUUGCAAAGGUUAAAUUGGAUUGCAAAUGAAAGUACUAAAGAUGACAAUUUAUCGAAGAGUCCGUACAGCUCAGUGGACCCGGCUCCACCAAGUGCAGAAUUAAAUGUUGAAAGCUUAAAGAAAACUUUAAUGGAUGAAACAAAAUCAUUAUUUGAAAGAUAUAGAGCUAUGUUCAGUUUGCGAAAUUUGAGUACAACAGAGAGCAUCAAUGCAUUGGGUGAAGGCCUCAAAGGCAGCAGUGCAUUAUUCCGUCAUGAAGUGGCAUUUGUGUUUGGUCAGAUGCAAGAUGAGCGCAGUGUGCCAUACUUGAAGCAGACAUUGGAAGAUAUCAAUGAACAUGAGAUGGUGAGACAUGAAGCCGCUGAAGCACUUGGCUCUAUAGCCACCGAUGAAUGCACUGAGGUGCUAAAACGGUAUUUGAAUGAUCCACGUCGUGUUGUAAGAGAGAGUUGUGAAGUGGCUCUGGAUAUGUCAGAAUAUGAGAACAGUCCGGAGUUCCAGUAUGCCAAUACUCUGCUUACUGUCAAUGCUUAACAUAUUAUUUUUGUAUUACAAAAAGAACAUUUAAUGCUAAAAUAUUUUAAUAAAAAUGUAUAUUUGGUAAAUGUUGCCAGUUGGGUAUUUUAAAAGCAUUUCCAUCAUACAGUAACAAUGUUUGACAGCUACUAUAAAGAAAAAAAUAAAGUAAACUGUUGUGACUUUACACAACUUUUACAGUAUGUUUACUUUCACUUAUAAAUUAUUGAAGAAGAGUAAUUUUAUUAUUUAGU